AUGUCCAUCGACAGCGAGAAGGCUGAGGCCAAGGGGACCCCCGUUGACUCUGUCAAGGAAGACCAACCCACUCAUGAUGAAAUUGAACACUACUAUCCUGAUGGCGGGAUACGCGCCUGGCUCACGGCAUUGGGAGGCUUCAUCUCCUUCAUCGCUACCAUCGGCUUCCUGAACGCGGGCUCCAUAUUCCAGAGCUACUACGCCACCACUGGAUUCCCCGAGCAGAGUCAUUCCAACAUUGGCUGGAUCGGCAGCAUCCAGGGCUGGGGGUGCUUCUUUUUCGGUAUGUGGUCCGGCCGGCUGUCGGACAGGUACGGACCAACACUGCCCAUGGCGGUGGGCACGUUCUUCAUGGUGUUUGGCAACAUGAUGUCCUCGCUGGCCAACGAGUUCUACCAAGUCCUGCUGUCACAGGGACUUUGUCUGUCCUUUGGCAUGGGUCUAGCCUUUACGCCAGCCCUCGCAGUUCAGUCACAGUGGUUCAUGAAGCGUCGCGGAUUGGUUGUUGGAACGGUGAUGUCGGGCCAGAAUGUAGGAGGUGCGCAUAAUCAAAUCACCAUGGACUUCAAUGGUGUCAUCUGGCCCAUCGUGGGUAACAAACUCCUCAACGAGAAAGGCAUUUCCAUCGGCUGGACCCUACGCAUCAUCGCCUUCAUGCAGCUCGGGCUCAUGAUCGCCGCCACUCUCCUGAUCCAACCCCGAUUCCCUCGAAGCACUGUGCGCGAGCCGCUCCACUUGAAGAGAUACUUCAUCGACAAGCGCACUGUUCUCUUUACCGUGGGCCUCGUAAUCAUGAAUCUGGGCAUCUACGUCCCAUGGUUUUUCAUCACGCCAUAUGCCAUGGAGAUGGGGAUGUCCCCAUCGCUCUCAUUCUACAACGCUUCGAUCAUAAAUGCUGGAGCCUUCUUUGGAUGUUAUGUGGUGGGCUUCAUCGCAGACUUCGGCUUCGGUUUUUUCAACGCCCUCUCGUUGACCUGCGUCGUUUGCGCCGUGACUGCAUUCACAUGGAUCAGUGCGACGAGCAUCGCAGGAAUCAUCUUUUGGGCUUUGGCUUACGGCCUCCUGUCGGGCGCACUCCAGGCGCUCUUUUCACCCUGUCUGUCUCGCUUGGCUCCUUCUCCAGAGGUUCUUGGCGCGUGGACUGGAACUUGUAUUACCAUCAACGCCUUUGCAGUUCUCGGGGUUGGUCCCAUUGCCGGGAAGUUGCUCAUGAGAGGGGGAGGUACCAACUACUUGUGGAUGCAACUCUAUACCGGCGUCGCGCUGACUAUUACGGCCGUCUUGUUUAUGGCUACUCGACUUUCGGUUUCUAGGGAGCGGUGGGUGUGA